AUGGAAGUAGAUAGCAACAACCAAUGUGUGCCGUUGACGGAGGAAGAUGAGAUCGAUCUCCACCGCCGCCAUCCUCAAUUUCCUCCGGUUUCAAAGUCUCACAGCAAGACCAAUAACGGUAGUAGUAACAGCAGCAAUACUCUCACCUCGGCGAUUCACACCAGUAGCGUACAUGAGUUGCUUGAAUGCCCAGUGUGUGCGAAUUUCAUGUACCCUCCAAUUCAUCAGUGCCAGAAUGGGCAUACCCUCUGUUCCAUUUGUAAAACAAUGGUGCAUAACAGGUGUCCAACCUGCAGACAAGAGCUCGGCGAUAUCAGGUGUCUGGCAUUGGAGAAAUUAGCUGAAUCCCUUGAACUGCCAUGCAAGUACAAUUACCUUGGAUGUCUCGAGAUUUUUCCCUACUACAGCAAACUGAAGCACGAGUCACUCUGCAACUUCAGGCCAUACAACUGCCCAUAUGCUGGUUCAGAGUGUUCGAUUGUUGGAGAUAUCCCUUUCCUUGUUGCUCAUCUGAGGAAUGAUCACAAAGUUGAUAUGCACUCCGGGUCUACUUUCAACCAUCGUUAUGUGAAAUCCAACCCCCGAGAAGUUGAAAAUGCAACUUGGAUGUUAACUGUAUUUCAUUGCUUUGGCCAGUACUUCUGCCUCCAUGUUGAAGCUUUCCAGCUAGAAAUGGCACCUGUCUACAUGGCAUUCUUGCGAUUCAUGGGGGAUGAAACAGAAGCCAGGAAUUACAGCUACAGCCUAGAGGUGGGUGGGUAUGACCGGAAGCUCAUCUGGGAAGGCACUCCAAGAAGCAUAAGAGAUAGUCACAGGAAGGUUAGGGACAGCUUUGAUGGGCUGAUCAUUCAGAGAAACAUGGCACUGUUCUUCUCAGGGGGAGACAGGAAAGAACUAAAGCUGAGAGUUACUGGACGGAUAUGGAAAGAACAGCACAAUCCAGAAGGCAUGCCUAACCUCUCUGCUACUUAA